CCUACGCGGCUUACGUUAUCGCCAUUGCCGCCCCUUUGGCCCAUUUUCGCUGCCGUGCCCUCCUCCGAUUCGCCUUUCUCGCAUCCCCUUCCCCCACUUCCCUCUUGCCUUGUUCCCCGGAUUUGAGAAACUAAUUGGUAAUUUUCUCGCUGAAUUCUCCGGUUAUUUACUAAUCACUGUGGAGAUUGAUGUGUUCCUCGCUUCCCUGCAGGUUUCAGGGUUUUGUGGUGCCGGCUGUACAUAUUUUUGAUCUCUUAAUUUCGCAUUAACAGAAAUUUGCCAUUACUAUUUGAAUAGUCUGGCAAGAGGACAACUUCUUGCUGCUUACAUAUUGGUCAUUCUAUUUCUCUCAACCAUGGCUGUUGGAGCUUCCCCUCAGUUGUUCCAUGAGUUUGGUGUCUUCAAAAGAUUUGGACAGGCUAACCAAUUUAAGAGUUCAGAAAUGAAGAGUUGGCACCAUUUACCAAGUUUUUCCUUUUCUUCAUGUGCUUCGCGGCAAGAUGUUUGGAGUCUCCAUGUUUCAGAUAGGAUAAACAAGCCAGUGCUCUUGAUCCCUUACAGAUACAAUGUUUUCAUUUCCCGGUCUUUUGCUGUGCCAAGCUCCGUACGUGAAAUCCCUCUUCUGAAAAGUACCAGCUUGGCUUUGAGAAGGUCAUAUGAUGCACUGCUUGCAAGCCCUUUGACUCUCCAAUUAGUGCCAGCAGUUGGAAUAAUUGCUUUUGCUGUCUGGGGCCUUGGACCAUUCAUGCGUUCCAUUAGAAGUCUGUUUCAUAACGACAAUAACUGGAAAAAGAGUAAGACAUAUCAUGUCUCUACCUCAUAUAUUCAACCACUUCUGCUUUGGGCUGGAGCAACACUCAUAUGCAGAGCACUUGAUCCAGUUGUUCUGCCAUCAGAAGCAAGCCAAGCAGUAAAGCAACGUCUCUUGAGCUUCGUGAGAUCAUUAUCUACUGUGCUGGCUUUUGCAUAUUGUCUAUCAAGCUUAAUUCAGCAAACACAGAAAUUCUUUAUGGAGACAAGUGGUUUUGAUGGCACAAGAAAUAUGGGCUUCGAAUUUGCUGGUAAAGCUGUGUACACUGCAGUUUGGGUUGCUGCAUUUUCUUUAUUUAUGGAAUUGCUGGGGUUUUCUACCCAGAAAUGGAUCACUGCUGGAGGCCUGGGAACUGUCCUGCUGACUCUUGCUGGACGUGAGAUAUUCACAAACUUCCUCUCGAGUAUAAUGAUCCAUGCAACACGUCCUUUUGUUGUGAAUGAAUGGAUUCAGACUAAGAUUGAGGGCUAUGAGGUUUCGGGUACCGUCGAGCAUGUGGGUUGGUGGUCUCCAACAAUUAUAAGAGGUGAUGAUCGUGAAGCGGUCCAUAUUCCUAACCACAAAUUUACAGUAAAUGUUGUAAGAAAUCUCAGCCAGAAGACUCAUUGGCGUAUUAAGACCCAUCUUGCCAUCAGCCACUUGGAUAUUAGCAAAAUUAAUCCUUCACAUGCCUUUUUGGAGCAGAAUAUAGUUGCAGAUAUGCGGAAAGUCUUGGCAAAAAAUUCUCAAAUAGAACAGCAGAGGUUGCAUAGAAGAGUGUUUCUGGAAAAUAUCAACCCUGAAAAUCAAGCUCUUUUGAUUCUCAUAUCAUGCUUUGUGAAGACAUCACAUUUUGAAGAGUAUCUCUGCGUCAAAGAAGCGGUUUUGCUAGAUCUCCUCAGAGUCAUCAGUCAUCACCGAGCUAGGCUUGCCACUCCAAUUCGCACUGUGCAGAAAAUAUAUGGUGAUGCAGACAUGGAGAACAUUCCUUAUUCUGAGACCAUCUUAACUCGUUCUGCUACUGCUGCCAACCGCCCAUUCCUUCUUAUUGAGCCCUCACCAAGAAUCAAUGGUGAUGACAAAGCCAAACCCCGUGGAUCACGGACUAAUGAAGAACAAAACUCAAAAGCUACUGCUGCAUCAGGGCCCAGGGCCACUUCAUCAUCUGAAGGUGCAAUCUUAAACAAUUCAGACAAACAGCUACAGAAGAAGAAAAACUCAGGAGACAGUCGUUCAAAGAGUAAUAAGGCUGACCCUGCAACAGCACCAUCAUUGAAUUCACAGCUUGAAAGCUUGGACUCAGUAGGAUCUACCUCCAAAUCUGGUGAGAAUCCUUUGUCAUCAGAGGCUGUUACCGAGCAGGUGGAUGGUACCAGUCCAGUUCAUGCUAAAAAUGAAGGUGAAAAGGUGCCUACUACAACAUCCCCAGUAGCCAGGCCUGCCUUUGAAGAUAACAUUGUCCUUGGUGUGGCUCUUGGGGGGUCAAAACAGACACUUCCAAUUGAAGAAGGGAUGGGUUCAGUGGCUUCUUCAUCGGAGGCAAACGAAUUGGAUAAGAAAGGGUCUUUGUCCUCUACAAAGGAUAGGAAAGAACAGAUUCCAGCAGUCUCUAGUCAAGCAAAAGCAGACCAGAGGGAUCAAGAGAGGUGACAGCAACAAAAUUUAUUGAAUUGUUGGAUGGUAUUACAAAGUAGGUAUAUUGGUUUAAAAUGAAGAUGAAGCACUUCUUGGAGGCUGUUUUCUAUAGAGGCUGGUAAAAUGCAGAUGUACAUUGAUGUGAUAAUAGUAAUGAUUCUAGUCAUCGUUCUCAAGUAUUAAAAUUUUAAUUGCCUUGUGUUUUUCUCUUUUUGGACUGCCAUUUGGCAAAGCAUAAUUGGGAUCUGAUCAGUUGAUCGAUGACUUCGAUCAUGAUAAGCAUCUGAGCUUACGAAGAUCAUGUGUAUUCUCUUUCUUACCUUUCAUGUUUUUUGGAGGAAGAAUUAUCAUACUUUUAAAAGGUUGUGUAAUCAUAAUUUAAUUUUGG